AUGUCUUAUUUUGACGACCAGGUGCUGAGGGACCUCAAACUUGGAGACAAAUCCGGCGCCGCAAUCACCGAUAAAGGCGACUUGGUCCAGUGGGGUAAAGGCUAUUCUGAGACAGACUUUAAGCCCACAAAGACCCUUACUGGCAAGAACUUGACUUCGUUAUGUAUGUCCAACGAUCGGCUCCUGGCUCUGUCCUCUGAUGGGAGUGUUUACUCCUUGCCGAUCGCGAGGAAUGACCAAAUGUCUGGUCGCAAACUCAAGGAAGGCUCUUGGGUCCCCUUUUGGUCUGGAAAAGCCGGAGUCAGCUAUCGGCUGCUUCAACCCAGCCUAAAAUUGGGCGAAAGGGUAACUUCCAUCAGUGGUGGAUUAGAACAUGCCCUUCUCCUUACAAAUAGUGGCCGGGUCUUCUCCGUCGCCUCUUCGACCGAGAGCUACCCAUCCCAUGGACAACUAGGCAUACCCGGUCUGACCUGGGCUACUCGACCUAAAGGCCCAGUCGAUGCCUGCCAUGAGGUCACGGCUCUCAAGGGAUUCAAAAUCACACAGAUAGCUACUGGAGAUUACCAUUCGCUGGCCCUUAGCAAAGACGGUAGCGUAUUCUCUUUUGGCGACAAUUCUUUUGGCCAACUGGGAAUGGAAUUCGACCCAUCGUUGCCUUUAAGCGAUACCCCUACGAUGAUACCCAUUGCAAGGCUCUAUCGCGGCAACAUUUGGUUUCCCAAGGCGACCGGAAUCGCCGCUGGUGGUGCCAACAGCUUCUUCACAGUGGAUGCUAAACGCAUUGUUGGCCCCGGAGAAAAUCCUUCCGCAAUCCGUGAUCUAGACCGCAUCACCGCUGAUACUUGGACCUGCGGGAGAGGAAUUUGGGGUGCUCUCGGAAACGGUAAAUGGAUUCAUUUGCAAGAUGCACCCACCAAGGUGAAGUCGUUGAGUGGCCUGUUUGAAUAUGACGAGCGAACGAAGAAACUCUCUCCCAUUCGGCUACACGAGAUCUCUGUGGGAACGACGCAUGUGUCGGCAGUAAUGGACAACCAAACUCAUCUGGACGCAUCUCCUUCAUCGACUUUGGACGAUAACAACGACUGGGGCUUUGAUGCGCUGUGGUGGGGAGGAAACGAACACUAUCAACUCGGAACGGGCAAGCGAAGCAACCUGUCAAAACCCACAUACAUCCUCGCACCUCCGGAGGGCUCGAAGGAGGACAAGAAGGAAGAGGCGCGGCUUCAAAUCAUGCCUCGCCAUAAGGGCAAGGCUGGUUCGCGCAACGUAAGUAUGGAGCAGCACGUUGUAUGUGGACGACACAUCUCGGCGAUCUACUCGUCUAAACGAGGCCGUCGCGCCGCUGAAAAGGCCGAAAAAGAUGCAUCGAAGCGAAAGCGCGACGAAGCGCCCGAAGAUUCCGCGCCCAAGCGAUUGAAGCCUUCGUCGGACGAGAUGGAGGUCGACACCACCGAUUUCAACCAAGAAGCAGACUUUAUCCCCCUCGAAGAACCUCAAGAUCAAGAUGGCGCCCCCUCGAGUGAUAUGCCUUUCUACGGUCUUCUCGAUAGCGAAGAACAGGAAUAUUUCUCCCGCGCAAGCGAGAUGUUGGAACUGAAUCAGUUUGAGGAUGCGGAGGAACGGCGAUUGUUCGUUGAUAGUGUGUACAGGGAGGCCAGCGGCAAGGAAUUGAAGAUCGCAUGCAGCCAGUCUUGCUCUCGACUCAUGGAGAAGCUGAUGUCGAUGUCCGACAUUCGCCAGAUCCGGAGGCUGUUCAGUAAGUUCCUUGGCCAUUUCUUGCACCUGGUCCAGCAUCGGUUUGCGAGCCACUGCUGCGAAACGCUGUUCAUCAACGCGGCGCCUGGUGUGACGCAGAAGCCGUCAAAGACCAAGGACAGCAAGGAGUAUGCCGACGAGGAGGACGAACCCGAGCCCGAGCUGUCGCUGGCGGAGAUGUUCAUGCAGGUCGUUCAGGAGCUGGAAGGGAACUGGGGAUACUUGUUGACGGAACGGUUUGCGUCGCAUACAAUUCGAGUUCUUCUGUUGGUCCUCGCCGGGGAGCCGGUCGAUAUGUCAACAAGUGACUCGGUUGUCGCGAGUCGCAAGAAGGAGAGACUGGGCACCGUCGGCACCGAACCUACACAGGAUGGAGAUGCCGCUCCGCAGAAAAAGGGAGUGCCGGAGUAUUUCGAGACGACGCUGAAGAAGGUCAUGAGUGACAUGGUGUCCGUGUUGGAUGAUACCUAUCUGAGAGCAUUGGCUACCCACCCCGUGGGUAACCCUGUACUACAGGUGCUGGUCUCUUUGGAACUGUCUCAUUUCGGAAAAUCGAGCGCAAAGGAUCCGAAGUCAAUUACGAAAAGACUGAUCCCCGACGAGAACUUUGAAGAGGGCUCCGAGACCACGACUUUCAUUCGGGGGUUGCUGUACGAUCCUGUGGGAUCCCGUCUUCUGGAAACAAUUGUGCGCUGCAUGCCUGGAAAGCUAUUCAAAGGCCUCUACAAGAACUUUAUGCGCGAUCAGAUUGCCUCGUUUGCUCGCAACACCACGGCCGGAUAUGUUGUUCUCCGGGUGCUGGAAAGACUCGGAAAGGAUGACCUUCAGAAUGCUAUGGAGCUGAUUGUUAAGCAAAUCCCCAACCUUCUGGAGCGGUCCCGGACGAAUGUGCCUAAAGUGCUGAUCGAGCGAUGUGUGAUCCGGGGCGUCAACACGGCGCCGCUGGCUCGGUCUAUGGAAGCUGCGUACGAUAAGGAUCCCGCCAAAAGGCUGAAUCAAAUCCUACGCCUCGAGGAAUCUGCCCGGGACAACGAGGAGCCCGAAUUCCAGCCUAAAGAGCCUGGCUCUUCUCAGCCAUCUAAUGCGGAAAAGCUGCACGGCUCGCUGCUUGCCCAAACUAUGUUGACUGCCCCCGGACCGAUGAGUGGACUGAUCUUCUCGAGCUUGCUAGCCCAGCCAUCCGAGUCGCUCCUACAGUUAGCCAAAGACCCUACUGCCUCCAGAGUCCUCCAGCAAGCUCUGACUCUCCCGACUUCCACGCCUCAAUUCCGCCGACAGUUCACCACACGAUUCACAAGUCAUUUGAAGGACCUUGCGCUUGACAGCAGUGGUUCCCACGUCGUGGAUUCCCUAUGGACGGCCACUCAAGAUAUUUAUUUUGUCAAGGAGCGAAUGGCGCAAGAGCUAGCGCAGCAUGAAUUUGCACUCCGAGAUUCCUUCGUUGGCCGCGCCGUUUGGAGGAACUGGUCCAUGGAUCUGUACAAGCGACGACGGGGUGAAUGGGCAGCGAGAGCGAAGGGCAUUGAUCGUCAGGACGGUUCUGGGGAACGACCCAAGUCGAAGAUUGAACUGGCACGGGAAAGAUAUGCUGCGAAGGCGGAGGAAAACAAGACCAACCCGAAUUUUCAUCGAUGGCUGUGCCCGCAGCGUCCAGUCGCGCAGAUGAAGUGCGAAAGCGCCGUCGAAGACCUUUUAAUUCCUUUUAUACGUUCCGCAGACGAUGAUUCGUUGAGUCAGGUGCAGCAGCUGAAAAAUGGCGUGAACGGAUCCAACGGCUCGAAUGGAGACCUCCAGCAACCAAGUACCUCGUUAGUCGACUACAAGAAGCCCGAAGAAUUGAAGAAGAUCCUCCAAUUGCAAAUUCCUGAGCAAGGCACGGGCCAAAACGGCUUAAUUGAAGUCCUCCAGAAGGUCCUGCGCUACUCCGUCAACACCUGGCACCAGGGUUUUCUCGACAAGCUAUAUGCCUCGACCAAUGCACCGGGAGUCGCCUCGGAGCUGAUACUGGCAGCUCUGAACACGAACGUCCAUGUGUACCAGGUAUCUCCUGCCUUGACGGUGAUCGAGAAGUACACCGGACGACAGCUGGCCGAACUCUUCGGGCUGAAUGGUCCUCGAGCCGGUGGUAUUUCCGUGCAGGGAGGUUCAGCAUCAAACACGACGUCGAUCGUCAUUGCGCGCAACAAUCUGUUUCCCAGCACGAAGAAUGAUGGAAAUGGCGAUUACCGGUUCGUGCUCUUUACCAGCGCCCACGGUCAUUACAGUAUCGAGAAGGCGGCGCAGAUGCUGGGACUUGGAAGCAGCUCGGUCUGGGCGGUGCCUGUGGACAAGCAGGGCCGGAUGAUUGCGGAAGAGCUGGAGAAACUGGUUCAGAAGGCGCUGAAGGAGAAACGUACCCCGUUCUACGUCAACGCCACCGCCGGAUCGACUGUCAUGGGUUCCUUUGACCCGUUCAACGAGAUCGCCGCCAUCUGCAAGCGAUACAACCUCUGGUUCCACGUGGACGGCUCCUGGGGCGGCUCGUUUGCCUUCUCCAAGCGUCAGAGAGAGAAGCUCGCCGGCGCCGAAAAGGCCGACAGUAUUGCCAUCAAUCCGCACAAGAUGCUCGGCGUCCCCGUGACUUGUUCCUUCCUGCUGGCCGCCGACUUGCGACGAUUCCACCGCGCCAAUACCCUCCCCGCCGGAUACCUGUUCCACAACGAAGACACCGAGCCGUCCGACGAGGACCAGAGUGCGCCGGAAUCUGAACUGGCCGUCGACUCUCCCGAGGUCUGGGACCUAGCGGACUUGACGCUGCAGUGCGGGCGCCGCGCCGACUCCCUCAAGCUCUUCCUCGGGUGGACAUACUAUGGCACAGCCGGCUAUGAAAAGCAGAUUGACACCGCUUGCGACAUCGCCACCUACCUUGCGACCCUAGUCGCCGACCAGCCCGACUUCAUCCUGGUCAGCGAGAACCCGCCUCCUUGCCUCCAGGUGUGCUUCUACUACGCCCCCGGCAGACAGUUUGUCCACCCGCGGGGGAUCGUCUCGAACGAGACCGAGCGCGGCAAGGCCAACAGCAAGGUGACUGAGCAGGUGACGCACGCCAUCGUCCGCAAAGGAUUCAUGGUGGACUUUGCGCCGCCCAGCGGCGACGAGGAUGCGGUUGGCAACGGGAAGUUCUUCCGCUGCGUCGUGAAUGUACAGACGACGAGGGAAACGGUCGAGGGUCUGGUGAAGGCCAUCCAAGAGGUCGGUCCUGCCAUUGUCGACCAACUGAAGGCUGAGAACGCCUCGGCUUCGUCGAGGAGACCGGGAGAGAGGGGCCAUGGACCCGUGGUCCACCAUGCAUGA